ACUGACCUUCAAAAAGUGCGUUGUUUGGGUUGGCGUUGCGCAAAUGAGCUCUGAUGAGGAUGAGUUUUUCGAUGCACCUGAGGCUUUAGGAUGCGGAUGCAACGUUCGGAAAUGGAGUGACAAGUACGUUGCUUCGUCUCUGCCUUAUUUGAAUAGCGACGACGAGUUGAUUCGCACUUACUUCGAUUUUGAUAGUCAAAAUGCUCGUAGACGAAGUCGAGUGGAAUCUCUUAAGAAGAAUCUUUUGGAAAAAUCAUAUUCUCUCGGACAUGCAUCUGGAAUUAACAGUUUAAAGACUACGGAAGAGAUUUUAUCCCGAAAUGUUGGCGAUCACAUCUCUCCGACGGUUGAGACAUAUCAGUCUGAAAUUGGAGUUCUGAAUCUUCCAGGCAGUAAAAAUGAGUUCACUUCAGAUCAGGAGUUAUUGCGCAGAAUCAAACUGCAACAUGAACCUGCUUUUGGCUUCUUAAACUCUCAACAGGAAAACCCAAGUUUAUCGACAUACAUUCAAGUUCAAGAACCAUCCAUAAAUAGUCACUUAAACUUACUGGAUACUGACAGUACUCAAAAGAAGUUAUCGAAAACACAGUUUGCACAAACACAGACUAUUUUCCGCGACAACGGGUCUUUAAGGUAUCCCAAUGAAUGUGGCUUCAGAUCUCCUAUGAAUGUUAGCAUAUGUGGUUGUUCAAAUGCGGCACCUGGUACUCCAGCAGUAUAUAAAUAUACACAUCCUAUUAUGAAUGAAGUUGCAGACUGUAAUUUUGUUGAACGUGCAGACCCUCCAGUCAUUCAACUUCUCAGAUCACAGGUAGUAUCUUCGGCACCUGAGGUAUCAAAUAGAAAUAAUGAGGCUAGAAAUCUCUUGGAUUAUGUCAAAUCUUGGUCUCUGGGUGCGGCUAAACAAUAUAGCGCUGGACCGUUUCCAUCCAUUAACGGGACUGUUACAUUAGAUCGUAUCACAAAUAAUAACAUUCCACAACAUCAAAGAGACGAAAUGGGCUCGAUCGGAUUCGAUUCAUUGUAUACUACAGCAUUAGGUCGUACGGGAUUUGGAUCAUUAUUUCCACAGUCUACUACUGCUGCUUCUAUCAUUACUACUGCUGCUGUUGCAAUAAAUACAACAACCACGGCUUCCUCUGACCCUCCUUACAAUCAAACUUCUGAAAUUCAGGAUCCUUGCCCUCAUCAUCGUUCAUGUAGGUUAGUUAGUACUAUGGUGCAAACGGAUUUAAAUGUAGAUGAAAAGCAUAAUGAUUCAAAUGAACAAAUAUUGAAUCGUUUCCAUCGUGACACUUUAAUGAAUAAGUUUCCUACUGAUUACAACAACACUAUUGGUAGUGAUAAAAUUGUGAAAUCUGCUUCAGCCACAUUGAACAAUGAAUAUCAAACUGUAAAUCCUAUUGAGAUACAAUUUCGUGAUCGAACUAGAAGUAAUUCAAGUUUACCGUUGACUUCAUUGGGUGACAAACAAUCCGUUGAUUUCUCCACGUCAUCUCAAGAGAACUCGAUUGGAGUAAUGAGCAAAAUGACAAAAAUUCAUAAAUAUUUUCGUGGUGCUAUGAGUGCAAUGAAAUCUGCUACAAAAAAUAAAAUUUUCAAUCCUGAUGAAGAGUCAUCUGAUGAAGAUGAAGAAAUUAUCGGAAAUCAAGGCAUUCGUCUAAGAUCAUCUAGACAAGCACGAGGAAGACGAGAAUUUCUACAGAUCAAAUUGGUUCAAGAAAUGAAAAAUGAGCACACGGGUGCGAUAUGGGCUAUGCGUUUUUCACCAUGUGGUCGAUUAUUGGCUACUGCUGGAUAUGAUCGAAAUAUUCGAAUAUGGGUCCUACGACAAUGUUAUCGAUAUUUCAAAGAAAUGCAACGAAGUUCUACUCCACCACCCAGUAGUAGUUCAAAGUAUGGAUCAGUUGGUGGAUUUAUGCCAAAUGACUUCCAAACUUCAAAUAAUAAUACGUCAAAUGCAACUUUAGAUGAAGAGAAUCGUUUUGAUUCAUUGAGUUUAGCAUCAACUACAAUAUCAACAUCAGGUAAAACUGAUGUUAGUGAAGCGGAUGGAGCGUCUAGUAGCAGUUCUGCGCCAGGAUAUUCUACUGUACUCGGUCUAACUGAUGACUUUCCUUCACCAUUAUCCUCCUGUGGUAGUACUAAAAAUAGUAGAACGAAACCUGGAAUAACGACAGCACCAGGACCACCACCGACAACAACAACAACGGCAUUAUUGCCUACAAUGAAUGAUUUACAUCGAGAACGUAGAACUGUAUUUCGUUCAAAACCAUUAUUGGUUUUAAGAGGUCAUGAAGGUGUUGUUACUGAAUUGGCAUGGUCUAAAAAUUUAUUCCUUCUAGCUACUAGUAUGGAUCAUCAAGUACGAUUAUGGCAUAUUAGUCGACGUGAAUGCCUAUGUGUAUUUAGUCAUAAUGAUACAGUGCCAACAGUUGUAUUUCAUCCAAAGGAUGAUCGUUAUUUUCUUUCUGGUAGUCUGGAUGGAAAACUUCGGCUAUGGAAUAUACCAGAUAAAAAAGUUCGUUUUUGGGUUGAAGUUCCUGUGCCUAGUGCUUUACCAGUGUCAACUAAUUCAUCGUCUACAAAUACUGUCGCUAACUUUUUUACACGUUCUAAUCCAUAUACUGGUUCACAGUAUACAACAUCCUUACCGGGUCUUUCAUCAAAGGGAAGUGGUGGUGUUGGACCCAAAACAGUGAUCACUUGUGCAACAUUUGCUUGUGAGGGCACUAAAGUUGUUGUCGGCACAUAUGAUGGUCGUGUGUUAUUUUUUAAUAGUGAGCUAUCGUAUAUAACUUUUAUAACGAUCAAAUCUGGCACUGCAAAAGGUCGUCACUGUCGUGUUACGGCUAUUGAAUGUGAUCCGUCUGAUUCAAAUAAGAUUUUAGUCACAUCAAAUGAUUCACGUCUACGUUUAGUCGAUGCUCGUGACUAUCAUACAUUAUGUAAAUAUCGUGGGUUUCUAAAUGAAACUAGUCAAAUACGUGCAUCUUUCAGGUAAGUAAGCAGUCUAUUGUUGUUGUUCUUCUAUCACAUUUCUAUUUUGGUCUUUUCUUGUUUGCUAGCUCAUUUUAUAUUAUUGCUUUUUUCCUAAAUGACAUCCUUUUCAGUGUUUACAAUUCAAAAGUCGGAUGCAUAUAUGCAUAUAUUUUCAUAUUACUAAACAUUGAAUUACUCUGUUUAUAUGAUAUGAUUUAAUGCCAUGGAGGUUGAUUUUUGAUCAGUUUUGAACUUGUAGCUUUAUAGUUAGUAGACUGAAUGAUUAAAAUAUUUGGUUAAUGCGUAUAUAUAUAUAUUGGUUGUUAAGGUCCUCCCACCAAUGUUUAGGGCUCCAUUUGAUCAGUCUCUUGACAUUUGUCCAUCCUGUACUGAGAUAAUGGUACUGUGUUCGAGUCCCAGGGUGAACAUCAACUCUGGAGUGCAUAUGCAUACAACUGACCAGUCCCAAAUAGAAAGAAACGAGCCCCCUGAAUUCCGCUGCUAGCCACCAUCCAUAUUUGAUUAAUAAUUUCAUCUGAAAACUCAUUCAACUGUUACAUAUUUUAAUUAAACAAAGAGAAGAUGCAAAUAAUAUAUACUUUGUUUACUGUCUAAUUUUUUACUUGAGAUAAACAUUUUGGUAUACAUUUUGGUCAGAAUGGUUUAUAAAUAUGAAUGUUAAAGGAUUAAAACCGAUUCAAUGAAGAUAAUUUCGUUUUCGAGGAUAUCAUUUGUUGAAACUAUUUACAGUGGCAGUCUAUUAAAAAACAGAAGUAGAUUGUCAUUAAAUAUUUGAGAAAUUCAAGUCCAAAGAUGAAAAAGAGUAAUAGGAUCAAAAGAUUUCACUGAUCAGAAGUAUGCAUUGUUUUUGCACGCAGAGUUCAGGCUUGAAACGCUGAAUUGUUAAAUCAUAUGCAAUUUGCACGUUUUUUAUUCAUGUUACCUUUGAAGACUCAUUUGAUUGUGUAAAUGAUUUUAGGAGAUAAUUCGAUGGAGGGGCAGAGGAUUAUCAAGCACUUCAAAAUAGUUAUUUCUUAAAUUUACAUUAAUCAUAAUAUUCUCAACUUAACUUUUAACACUCAGAGAUUGGUGUUCAUUGGUUUCCUGAUUGGUUUUUAUUAUCAUCAUAAAUUAACUGUAAUUUGUUAUUUGAUUUAUGCUGUUUAAAGUUUGUUUAAAUUAGCACUUUUAUUUGCUUAGGUAUUAUGUACUCCGUUUCACAAUUAUGUGUGUAUAUAAGUACGAUAUUUAGCUUCCUUAUUGAAGUAUACAGUGUAUGAAUUAAGUAGUUGAGAAAAUACCAUUUGAUAAUCUGUAAUAAAUUAAUUGAAGUGUAAAUAAAACUAACUUCUUAAUGGUUAUAAAAUUUGCAAUAUCUUAAGUGAAAAGUGAUUCUUUCUAUAACUGAGUCAUUUCAUAGUUACUAAAGUUAACCUUUCUCAUUGAGUUCAUAUAUUUCUAAUUGUUAUGUAGGAUGCUUUUAAGAUAU